AUGGAUUCAAACAAAGCAUCUUCCACCACUGAGAAGAGUGCCAACAGAAUGAAUAAUAGCAACAACGACGACAACAAAGCAGUCGACAAAAGCGGUGUACUCGGCAACAAAGAAGAUUUUUCGGCUCGUACCAAGCUUGCUCAGUCGAUGGCGGCGCGAGUGGCCAACGGGGCAAGCUUGAAUCAGGUCGCUUUCCAGAACAAUAUGACCGCGGAUCAGGCAGGACUGUUGCUAUCUGAACUUGUGGUCCGACUAUCCAACAACAGUAUUCCACAGGGAUGA